CUUCAGGGCCACAGGUGCUGCCAAGAUGCUCCAGGGCCCCUGCUCCGUGCUCCUGCUCUGGGGAAUCCUUGGGGCCAUCCAGGCCCAGCAGCAGGAGGUCAUCUCACCGGACACUACGGAGAGAAACAACAACUGCCCAGAGAAGACCGACUGCCCCAUCCAUGUGUACUUCGUGCUGGACACCUCGGAGAGCGUCGCCAUGCAGUCCCCCACGGACAUCCUGCUCUUCCACAUGAAGCAGUUCGUGCCGCAGUUCAUCAGCCAGCUGCAGAACGAGUUCUACCUGGACCAGGUGGCACUGAGCUGGCGCUACGGCGGCCUGCACUUCUCCGACCAGGUGGAGGUGUUCAGCCCACCGGGCAGCGACCGGGCCUCCUUCAUCAAGAACCUGCAGGGCAUCAGCUCCUUCCGCCGCGGCACCUUCACCGACUGCGCGCUGGCCAACAUGACGGAGCAGAUCCGGCAGGACCGCAGCAAGGGCACCGUCCACUUCGCCGUGGUCAUCACCGACGGCCACGUCACCGGCAGCCCCUGCGGGGGCAUCAAGCUGCAGGCCGAGCGGGCCCGCGAGGAGGGCAUCCGGCUCUUCGCCGUGGCCCCCAACCAGAACCUGAAGGAGCAGGGCCUGCGGGACAUCGCCAGCACGCCGCACGAGCUCUACCGCAACGACUAUGCCACCAUGCUGCCCGACUCCACCGAGAUCGACCAGGACACCAUCAACCGCAUCAUCAAGGUCAUGAAACACGAAGCCUACGGAGAGUGCUACAAGGUGAGCUGCCUGGAAAUCCCUGGGCCCCCUGGCCCCAAGGGCUACCGUGGACAGAAGGGUGCCAAGGGCAACAUGGGUGAGCCGGGAGAGCCUGGCCAGAAGGGAAGACAGGGAGACCCAGGCAUCGAAGGCCCCAUUGGAUUCCCAGGACCCAAGGGCGUUCCUGGCUUCAAAGGAGAGAAGGGUGAAUUUGGAGCCGACGGUCGCAAGGUAGGCUGGCUGGGGGGCCCUGGCCUGGCUGGCAAGAACGGGACUGACGGACGGAAGGGCAAGCUGGGGCGCAUCGGACCUCCUGGCUGCAAGGGAGACCCCGGAAACCGGGGCCCCGACGGUUACCCGGGGGAAGCAGGGAGUCCAGGGGAGCGAGGAGACCAAGGUGGCAAGGGGGACCCUGGCCGCCCAGGACGCAGAGGGCCCCCGGGAGAAAUCGGGGCCAAGGGAAGCAAGGGGUAUCAAGGCAACAACGGAGCCCCAGGAAGUCCUGGUGUGAAAGGAGCCAAGGGCGGGCCCGGGCCCCGCGGACCCAAAGGCGAGCCGGGGCGCAGGGGAGACCCCGGCACCAAGGGCAGCCCAGGCAGCGACGGCCCCAAGGGGGAGAAGGUGAGUCCUCGUGUGGAGGCGCCGCGGGGGGACCCUGGCCCUGAGGGGCCCCGUGGCCUGGCUGGAGAAGUUGGCAACAAAGGAGCCAAGGGAGACCGAGGCUUGCCUGGACCCAGAGGCCCCCAGGGAGCUCUUGGGGAGCCUGGAAAUCAGGGAUCUCGGGGAGACCCCGGUGAUGCAGGACCCCGUGGAGACUCAGGACAGCCAGGCCCCAAGGGAGACCCCGGCAGGCCUGGAUUCAGCUACCCAGGACCCCGAGGAGCACCCGGAGAAAAAGGCGAGCCCGGCCCACGCGGCCCCGAGGGAGGCCGAGGCGACUUUGGCUUGAAAGGAGAACCUGGGAGGAAAGGAGAGAAAGGAGAGCCUGCGGAUCCUGGUCCCCCUGGUGAGCCAGGCCCUCGGGGGCCAAGAGGAGUCCCAGGACCCGAGGGUGAGCCCGGCCCCCCUGGAGACCCUGGCCUCACGGAGUGUGACGUCAUGACCUACGUGAGGGAGACCUGCGGGUGCUGCGACUGCGAGAAGCGCUGUGGUGCCCUGGACGUGGUCUUCGUCAUCGACAGCUCCGAGAGCAUUGGGUACACCAACUUCACGCUGGAGAAGAACUUCGUCAUCAACGUGGUCAACAGGCUGGGCGCCAUUGCUAAGGACCCCAAGUCCGAGACAGGGACGCGUGUGGGCGUGGUGCAGUACAGCCAUGAGGGCACCUUCGAGGCCAUCCAGCUGGACGAUGAGCGUAUCGACUCCCUGUCAAGCUUCAAGGAGGCUGAGAACCUCGAGUGGAUUGCGGGCGGCACCUGGACACCCUCGGCCCUCAAGUUGCCUACGACCGCCCUCAUCAAGGAGAGCCGGCGCCAGAAGACACGCGUGUUUGCGGUGGUCAUCACGGACGGGCGCCACGACCCUCGGGACGAUGACCUCAACCUGCGGGCGCUGUGCGACCGUGAUGUCACAGUGACGGCCAUCGGCAUCGGGACUUUCCACGAGAAGCACGAGAGCGAGAACCUCUACUCCAUCGCCUGCGACAAGCCGCAGCAGGUGCGCAACAUGACGCUGUUCUCCGACCUGGUCGCCGAGAAGUUCAUCGAUGACAUGGAGGACGUCCUCUGCCCGGGUGAGCGUGUGGGCGCAGGGCAGUCGGCCGAGGAGCAGCAGGCUCCAGCCGCUGUCUAG